AUGCGCGACGAUGAGAGAUAUCCCACAGUGGUCGAUCCACCUCCGGAUCACUCCCUACCAGAAGUGGUCACUGGUACUCAUGUCGACCCUCAUGGGCGCGACAAGGUCGUGAGCGACAUACAAGACCCCGGGAUGAUUCCAACAUAUGAUGACGCGCAGAAGGAGGUUGCCGGAGGAGAAAAGGACACCAAAGACAUGGCUGGGGCUGCCGGUGUAGGAACCAGGGGCGGAGAGGCAGCAGACUCUAUCGACAAAGGCCCUCGCAGAAUCUUUGGCAUGAAGAGGCGCAAGUUUUUGAUUGUGCUUGCUGCAGUCAUGUUCAUGUUGGUUGCCGCCACCGUCGGUGGUACAGUAGGCGGCAUCCACGCCAACAAGAGCGAUGACAACGGCAAGGAGGACGGAGGUGGUGGAGGAGGAGGGGAGGGAGAUGGAGGAGACGACAAUGACGAUUCAACACCGACUACUACAGAUACUGGCCCUGUCCCUCGAAAGACAGGCCCAAUUGAUGCCGACGAGCGCUUCCUGGCAGCCGUUGUCGCGGCAGACGACGACGACGAGAACUUUCAGGUCUUUUACAACGACCUCAACACAACAAACAUUCUCUACCGCCGCAUGCACGACGACGAUGGAGGCGCCGAGCACACUCUUGACCUGGAUAUCGAGCCCAACUAUGGCACGCCUCUUGCGGCUACUCUCAGACUCGCUUCAUCUAUCAUGACUACUCAGCUGUUUUACGUGACGACAGAAGACAAUGAGACGCAGAUCGCACAAGUUACUCUCAACUGCGGAAACCUCAAUGCUGACGAUGAUGAUGGGGACGAUGACAACGACGAUGACGGCGACGAUGAUGAUGAUAAUCAAGCUGGUGGAACUGCGAACAGCGGCACAGCAGCCUGCGCAGUCACAUCCAACUCCAUCAUCUCGACAAACCUCACCAACGGCGUCCACCCAGACUCCAAGCUGGCAGCGCUACGUCUGGGCAACGACUCGACCCGUGUCUAUUUCCAAGCCAGCGGGACAAACAUCUGGGCCCUCAACGGCGACGACGCUGACGCUGAAGGAUGGGUUGGCUCUAACCUUAUGGGCGGUGUCCGGCCUGGCUCCUCUAUUGCGGCGACGAGGUCUAAUGCGACCGAUAUACACGUCUUCUUUGUUGCUAACUCGACUGGAUGGAUGCGGACAUUCAACUAUACCGAUGUCCUCGGCUCCGAUGAUUCUCAAGUCGUUGAUGACCAGCCUGGCUCCUCCUGGCGAGCAUCAGCAUUCUUCGACGCAACCUAUAUCCCGUCCCUAAACUCGUACCGCGUCUUCUACACGAAUCCUUCAUCCGGGUCUAUCAUAUCGUACUUUCGAAGCGGCGCCCAAGCAGAUUGGAGUUCAAACAGUGACAAUGCAUGGGGUCGUCCAGCAAGUGGCAUCACGGCCGUAGGAUGGCAGGACAAUGUUCGCCUGUUCUACUACCAGAGCGGUAGGUUGACCAUGUCGGCCAACGACGGCGAUGAUUGGGAGGACGCAGAACCAGUGGCAUGA